AGACUGGCCCAGCUGUUACACUACACUAGCCUGAGUCAGGCAUUGUUUUCCAAGCCACUAUCCCCGAUCGGGCCAACGCAGCCUUCAAGGGGGGAAUGUGACCAGGAGAAUAGCCCGCUGAACCUUCCAAGAUGGACACCUUGUCUCUUUUAUUUAUUUUUCUUUUCUUUUGGUUUGUUUCCUUUCAUACUUUCCCAUGUUGUCCACUCUCUACUGUCUCUAUCUAGAAAAAAAAAGAAAAAAAGAAACUGCAGUAUUGCUUAUCUCUAGCGUUGUGUUUAUAUUUGUUAUUUUGGUUUGUUGUUUUGAUUAUUGUCCAACCCCCUCCCCCCUCUCUCUUUCUGCUACAGCUGCAGCUUGUGUGUGAUUGAAUUCUGUCCAGGUUGCUACGGCAUACCGGUGGGAUGUGUAUCACACAUGGGAUGUUAGGAGGAUCACUAACACUUUUACUCUCUUGUCUCCCACACCGUAGUGAGGGGCUAGUCUUUGCGAAAAAGUGAGACCCAGUAAUGAAACCUUUAUCUCAUUUGAACAUAAAAUCUUUAGACUUAUGUUUGCUCUUCUGAUCUGUACUCAAGUCUGUAGUAGAAGGCAUCAUUUCCCUCACAUUACUACACUACGCCUCUGAUAUGGAUGUUUUGUAUUUAGUAAUGACACAGAUUAGCAUCAUUUUCUCUUGGUGACAUCCAUUUGCGUCGUGAAUGCUGUGUUUUGAAAUAUAUUUCCUAGCACUAGAAGGAAACCUGUCGUGUUAAACAACUGUAAUACAUGCACAGUCCCUACAGCUGUAAUGAAAUGGAUUUGUAGCUGUUUUGUGUCUUUUAUAAGUGUUAACUUCUUCUCCAGCAAAGAAGCAGAUUAGAAUCCAGAGUGGAAUGAGCAAAAUUCCUAAUUCGUUGUUUUUUUUUUAUAAAUAGCUAAGUUUUUGGCUAACCUUUCCUACAGUUCUUAAAAUUGUUGUUCUUUUCUGUAUCUGAUGUUCUGUGUGCUAUUAGUGAUGCAGCCAUUGGGGUUGUCUUGUGUUGCACACCUUUCCAACACUGCGAAACGAUCGCCCCACGGAAAAGCGCCCAUGCUUGAUAUCGUAUGGUUCAUGACCAAUAUGUUUCCAGUACAGGGAAAAUCCCAGAAGAGGCCAAGGCUUUGUCACUUUUGGCACCUGCUGCCCCGGUACCCAGUCUGAUUCCUGGCGGGGGAUUGCUGCCAAUACCUACUCCAGCUCCACUGCAGAAUCUGAACCUUCCCUUAGUGAAUCGGAUGCCAGCUGCUCUCGACUCGACAGCAUCCUCCCAGCCCCCCCUCAUCGGAAAUGUGGAUCCCUCAAAAAUCGAUGAGAUCAGGAGGACGGUUUAUGUCGGCAACUUGAACUCACAGACCACCACUGCAGAGCAGCUGUUGGAGUUCUUUAAACAGGUGGGAGAUGUAAAGUUUGUGCGUAUGGCUGGAGAUGAGACCCAGCCAACACGUUUCGCCUUCGUAGAGUUUGUUGAGCAGGAGUCCGUGGCCAGAGCCCUGACCUUCAACGGAGUCAUGUUUGGAGACAGGCCCCUAAAGGUUAAUCAUUCCAAUAAUGCCAUAGUAAAACCACCAGAGCUGACACCGCAGGCUGCUGCGAAAGAGCUAGAAAGUGUGAUGAAGAGGGUGAGGGAAGCCCAGUCUACCAUCGCUGCUGCCAUAGAACCAGAAACGAAGAAGCGCUCAUCCAGUCGGUCGAGGAGAUCGCGGAGGUCACGCUCACGAUCACACUCGAGAACAAGGAGGAAAAGAUCUCGUUCGAAACACAGAGCGUCUCAGAGGUCGUGGCCGGCGACUGACUCCCACGGUUCCCGAGGCACUCACAGGAGGCGCUCUCGCUCCAGAGACAGGAGACGCAGCCGGAGUCGCUCGAGAGGCCACAAAAGGAGGAGUAAAGAUCGGUCCAGGAGCCCUCGAAGGAAAGCCAGGUCACCUUCACCAAAAAGAGGUAAGAGGGAGAAGAGGAGGGCGGGCAGCAGGGACAGAAAGGAACGGUCCACAUCGAGGAAGAGGAGCCGCAAAGACGAGGACAGGAUGAAGAGCAAAGCCAAGCCAACGAAGGUGGAGGUGGACUAUGACAGAGAAGAAAAGGAAGAGUAUGAAAGCGACAGAGAAGACUCGAUCACACCGAGCGAGGACAUGACGGCGUCGCCCUGCGCUCAGCACAACGGCAGCUACAAGACUCACCACGAGGAGGAGGUCUCCAUGGAUUCACACAGCACCAAGUGACUGUUACAGCACCGUGGAAACUACUCCCUGUUCCAGCAAAGAACCCUAACGCCCAUCAUGUGCGUAUACAUGCAUAAACACUGAAUAACCACUUAACAAUUCUCUCAUCGUCAUCUCCUGAGUUUCUCCUUUGCGAUACAUUCUUGGCAACACAGAUCCUGUAAUUCAGCACGAGUUCAGUGUCCCGCCUAAAGGGCAAGUGAGCACUCAGUUACACAGAACACUACAAGCCCAGAAACUACUGUAGAGUAGCGAAACACAUUGAGAAAAAAAAGCAGUGUUUGUUUUAAGGCAGCUGAAUUGGAUUACAUAAUGAACUUGUAAUCUUGUACAGAUCCUGCAGUGUUCUCCUCCAGUUUAUGCUUCUGGCUUGAAGAACCCAGGCCCGGAUGUCCUCUCUGUGUAGAUACUAGACGACUGCCGCAACAGACUGGAAACAUACGCCUGAAUCAGCGACAGAUCCUCUGAGACUCACUUUCAGGCAGAAAUCCCAUAAGAAGAACCAAGUUUAUAUUCAUUUCUCCAUCAGUUCGAAGCUGGAUUUCACUGUGGUUUCACCCUUGACUUACAUGAACCUUGAACUUUAUUAGUUCAGAAAGCCUUUUAUUUCUCCAACAUUAGCGGCAUUUGUCUUCACCAUGUAUGUAAAAAGGCUGCGAAUGGAAGCUUCUCUGGACUGCUGAUUUUCAACUUUGCACACUUCCUCAGGCAGCAUUUAAUGCAAAAUGUUAAAAAUAGCAAGUACGACUAUUCUAAAUCAAACUAAAAAUGUAAUCUCCUCUAAAGACAAUCUGUGUCUGCAGCUAUUAACUGAGGCUACGUCCAUACUAAUAUACUUUUUUAAUUUAAAAUGCAUAACUUGUGCUACGUUCACAUUUUAAGACCCCUAAAGCAACGACUUGGAAACACUGACAACCCUGGUUUAGUUUUAAAACUGCAGCGCUGCAUCGUAGUGUCAGAAACUGAGACCCCCAUGUUUACCUCCUAGUUGAGCUUAUGAUUCGUCACACUCCUGUCACCUGACCGGUUUUCAUCCUUGAACAUCGGUGGUUAUUUGAACGUUACUAAUUAGACUACAGGUGUUGCUGACCUUGUUGUCCACUCGCAGCUGCUGUGCAGUGAAGGAAAUCUCUGGUCUUUCCAUUUCAGUGUAAUAACUAAGCAAACAGCCCCCUGCUUCAUGUUUACACCAGGAGCCACAUGCCCUGUGGACAUGAACGGUCACAUGAAAUGCUUUCUCAGACACACUGGUAUGCACACAGAUUAUUUCAGAAAUGGUGCUAAAGUCAGGAUCGAGAUCGGUUUCAUUUUAAAAAGCUAAUUUAAAAGGAAAACGUAUUCGUGUAGAUGUAGCCUGAAUAUAAAAACAGAGGACUUCAAUUUUAAGUUCGAAAGUGCUUCAUGCUGUGUAUUUUGUCAGCUACGUUUGUGAAUACAUCGAACAUGAAUUUAAUAAUAAUUGUAAUAUAUAUAAACAUCUGGACUUAUUGUAUCUCGGCUGAGAAGCAAAGAAUUUAAACAUUGCUGGGUUGUUUUUUUGUGUUUUGCUUCUGCGCCUGUUGGAUGUGUGCACCGAUCAUCCUGCUGUCUGAUCACACCAAAAACUAAAAACCCUGCAAGUCUUAGGAGGCCAGUGUCAUUUUACCUAAUGCAGGAUGUUUUAAGUUCUCAUCUUGUGCAGUAACAUUAGUUUCUGUCGGCGUGAAGCCUUGUAGGGUGUAACCUGCUCUGUCUGUUGUGUGACUCUAACAGCAACUUCUCGUAUUUAGUUUGCUCGUUGACUGAGCGAAGCAGCAUUACAUAGUUAAUACAAAUUUCAAGACAUGCAGGGUCCCUCCUGUUGAGCCCUCAGUGUUGGGAUUAAGUAAAAGAGGCUUCUGCUGAUGCUGAAAUGCUCAUUUGCCCUUUUUGUGUGUGUGUGUUGAAGGAAUGUUUGCGGUCUGUGAAGUGUCUUUUAUUCCCUGUUUUGCACCAUGUUUCUUCAUCACAUGGGAACUGCGGCGUUUUGCAAAAUCUACAGUGAUUUUAUGACUUGAAGUUGACUUGUAUGACUUGUAAUUAUGAGACUGCAGAUUACGUUCUUGCUGUGUUGUAUAAAUAAUUCUCAUUUGGUCGACGUGAUGGACACAUUGCUUUUGUUCCUGUUUUUUGUUUGUAUGGGUGUACAUGUAUUUUACUUUGUUUUAUUUUUUUUAUAUUUCCAGCUGGUGGUUGCGACAAGAUCACAGUGUUUCAUGUUCCAUUGUCCUGCUAUUGUUGUAAUGCUGUGAGACAAAAACUAUUUACUGUUUUAUAUACACAAUCGACACAGGCCUAUACUGUAAAACUAUGAGCGGUUUGGAAAAAUGUUUGUCGGCUCAUUUUACUGGAGAAAGUGAGAAGCUCACGCUGUUCGCAGUCUGGAUGAAGCUGAACAUGAAAUGUCACAGGUCAACAAACUGCAUGCAAGCACAGAAGGGUCAAAAAGUGCCUAGACUAAGAUUGUACAGAAUAUUCUAAUAAAAUACGGAGAUUUGUUUAGGAUGUGGAAUAGAUAAGUCUAAUGAGAUGUUAUAUUAAAGUAUUGUAAGCUGUCCUUAGUAAUUAAUAGCAGAAUAGACGAAACAUUCAUUGGACUUUGUUUUCUGGUUUGACUUUUGUUUCUGUCAAUUUUGAUGUUGCAGUUUGCAGUAUCGUGAUUCAGUUAUAAAAUGUCUGCAAACUGGUCCCAGAGAUCAAUGUUUGUUUUUUUUAAAUGUCUGUGGAGACUUAUGUUUUAAAAGUUUUACUUUUAAAAAGAGACUUUAUGGCGAUCUUUGCCAAAUUCCACUGAUUUUAUUGUUGCUUUUAUUUGAGUUUCCUGCUCUUUUACGUACAAAAGGCUUCAGUUGGUGGUGAACUCGUGGUGAAAGUUUAGUGAAAAGCAUUCAGACGGUAUGUGAGGAACUGUAUUUUGUUUUUAUAUAUAUAUAUCUGUGUAUCCUGGUAGAUACUGCAGAGAUGUGUGAUGGUUUGCUUCGGGGUGAUUGGCUGCUUGAUACUGCAUUUGGGACUCGAUGUAAAGGUUUGGUAAAAAUGUCUUUGAAGAGCUUGGAUGUAUUCUACAUGAUCCCCCUCAGUUUGACUCUAACUACACAUCUGAUCUGUUUCCAAAAACAUUCAAUAAAGAAGCUUUUCAUUCAGUUAUUUUCUUUAA